AUGUCCAAAAACAUCAAGACAAUCUCAACGUCAGAAUAUGACGAAGUCAUCAAGACAGUCCAACUCUAUGUCGACAGCGUCGCAAAAGCAGAUCGCGCCCUGCUCGACCUUGCAUUCCACAAGGACGCAACAAUGACCGGCUGGAUCCCGGCCGACGGCACACUCUCGUUAGGCUCGUACACCAACCUUCAGGCAUUCUUCGACACAUACGGCACAAGCGCGUCCCUCAAGACCCGUUGCGACGUCAUUGGUAUUACGCCCACGACCGCCGUCGUCAAGGUGGACAUGGAAAACACCCCCGAUGGACCGGCCUACACAGACUUUCACACGUUGAUCAAGGUUGAUGGGGGUUGGAAGAUUAUCGCAAAGGGUUUUCACGCUUAUGAGUCUUGA